AUUAAAUUAGGUCUAAUUUUCCUCUUGUAAAGGAGCCGAGAGUGAUGGAGAGAAAGAAACUCCAAAAAUAUAAAUUGAUGUCAUCCUCCAGUUUUCGUGUAGAUAUUAAAAAGAAGAAAAACUCUUUUUUUUUUUCGGUAAGCCAAGAAAAUUUCCAAUGUUCCCGGUCACAAGUCGCCGCCACUUCACAUCCUCCCUAUAUAUCCUCCGUUCAUCUUCUCCACACAACCAUCUCCUCUACUCUUCCUUCAUCUCCUCCUCCAAAUCCAAACCCUCUUUCACAACCAAACCCAACCAACAAAAACCUCCUCAAAUGGCCGCGUGCAUCGACACGUGCCGAACCGGAAAACCAAACCAAUCUCCCAGCAACAACGACGAAUCCAAUUUCCGUUACUCCAAUUACUACCUCCCCUCCAAUUACCACCACCACCACCCUCAAUCAACCCAAACCAAAACCCUCCACACAACCCGUCCCCUCCAAAACGACGACGUAUGGGACAAAAUCCGACAAGAAGCCAAAUCCGACAUCGAGAGAGAACCAAUCGUGUCCGGUUACUACCACGCUUCAAUCGUAUCCCAACGUUCUCUCCAGGCAGCUUUAGCCAACACACUCUCCGUGAAACUCAGCAACCUAAACCUCCCGAGCAACACACUCUUCGAUCUCUUCAACACUGUCCUCGAACAACACCCGGAGAUCGUCGAAUCCGUGAAACAAGACCUCUUAGCUGUCAAAGAGCGAGACCCCGCUUGCAUCAGCUACGUCCACUGCUUCCUCCACUUCAAAGGCUUUCUGGCCUGCCAGGCCCAUAGAAUAGCCCACGAGCUUUGGGCCCAAAACCGUAAAGUUUUAGCUUUACUAAUCCAAAACAGAGUCUCGGAAGCCUUCGCUGUAGACUUCCACCCCGGGGCGAAGAUAGGGACGGGGGUGUUGCUGGACCACGCGACGGCGAUUGUGAUCGGAGAGACGGCGGUGGUGGGGAACAACGUGUCGAUUCUGCAUAACGUGACGCUGGGAGGGACGGGGAAGCAGUGUGGGGAUAGGCAUCCGAAGAUUGGGGACGGGGUUUUGAUAGGAGCUGGGACGUGUAUUUUGGGGAAUAUUACGAUUGGGGAAGGGGCGAAGAUUGGGGCGGGUUCGGUGGUUUUGAAGGAUGUGCCGCCGAGGACGACGGCGGUGGGGAAUCCGGCGAGGUUGCUUGGUGGGAGGGAUAAUCCGAAGAGGCUUGAUAAGGAUCCGGGGUUGACUAUGGACCAGACGUCGCAUAUAACGGAGUGGUCGGAUUAUGUUAUUUGAAGAGAUAUGUGUUUUUUGUUGUUUUAUUUGGUGUUUCGGUAAUCAGAUUGUUUGUGUUUGUAAGAUAUUUGUCUGGUUUAAGAUGGGUGGUUGGAACUAAACUCGGAAACUUUAAACUGAUGUGUGGUUUGGAGUUUUUUUUCCUGUGGUUUGUUUCUGAUUAGCAGAGACUUUUAAGAAUAUGUUUAGUUUAUGUAUGUUGUGUUGGCAAUAAACCAAAAG